AAUGGGUAACACUUAAGGAAAAGAAGUAUAAAUGAAUUUGUAAUUUAGUUAUCUCCAUAAAUGAGAGAGAGAGUCCUUAAAUUAUUUGCUAAAUUUGAUGUAGAUGGUUCAAAAUCUAUAGAAAAAACAGAAACAAUCAAAUAUUGGUAAUAUUAUAUUAAAUUACAUCUUUAGGAAAAGUAAUUUUGCAAAACUUAAUACUGAAGAGUUAUUUAAAUCUGUUGAUACUGAUAAUAGUGGUACAAUAUCAGAAGAAGAAUGGUUAAAUUUUUGGACAUCAGUUUUAAGAAGUGGACAUACAGAAGAAGAAAUAUCAGAUGAAGUAUUUUAUAUAUAUAAUAAUUAGUUAGAAUCAAUUGAAACAGGAUCAUCUUGGUGUAAAUUUGAGAAUUUAGAGAAAAAAGGUUGA